AUGUCGACAAAGAAGGGAGAAGGCGACAGGAGUCAAUCAUAUUCAGGGCAAAAAAUGGAAAAGAAAAAGAAAUGUAAAAAAAAAUUCAUUAAUCGUGAGAAAAUAAUGUCUGUUUCUGCAUUAAAUGGCAGGGGUAAAAUUGCAAAAGAAAUUUCUUCACGCAAAGAAUGUGAUCCAACAUAUGAUGAAUUCAAUGAAAUUAACAUUGAUAAUGACUAUCAAAAAAUCAGGCAAUUACUUAAUCUUGAGGAAGAUAUUUAUUCCAAUCGACGAAUGAAAAUUACCCUUUCGCCCAAUACAAAAUUUGGCUCAAGGUCAGGAACAAUUCACUGUAAUUCGAAAUUAUUUCCACCAUUAUCCCGUGGCCUGCAGGGAGGACAUAUUGCAGUGUCAGCUUUCGCAACAACGGGUGUGUUGAAACCAAAAUGUUGGAACGAUAAGAUAAUUGACCAGAUUGUGAGAGAUGGAAAUAAGUAUUAUUGCAAGUCGAACGAGCAAUUUUGCGGCAAUGACAAGCGAGUAUUGAAGUUUUUUAAUUUUAGAAGUUUCAUUAAUAUUCGAAAAUCACAUCAAGUCUCUCUCUGUAUCAAGGAACCUUGUUUCGUUGGUAAAUUUCGAUCAAAAGAUCCAAUAAUUCCCGAUAUUGUCAAUGUGCUCGAAUUAUUUUUUGGAAGUUAUGAUUCGGCGGUGAUUACUUCGUCAGUUUUGAAUGUUGCCAUUUGGCGUGAAAAGAUGAAGAAAAAGAAUGAUGAUGAUAAGAAGGAGACAUUUUACAUCUUUGAUGGUCAACCUAGGAACGAAUGUUGUCAAGUGUCCGAUGAAGGAGCCGCUCACUUGAUCAUUGUUCACGAUCUGAUGAGUCUUUUAUUCAUCAUUUUGGAGAAGAGUCGAGUGAAGAAUGAAUAUUUUGUCCUCUAUGAUGUGAGAAUUGAUGGAGUGCAGAAAUUACCUGUCGGAGGAUUGAACGAUUCGGAUGAGGAAUUGGUACCUGAGGCGGUUGGAUUUAGGAAUAGGAGUGAUUGCCGAAGUGUUUUGCAAGCGGGGUAUCAUCUUCUGGAUGAAAAAGUGCCUUUGAUUUUGAGAGGACGGGGAGAUUUGGUUGUGGCUCUGGCUGCGAUUAUUUAUUCGAAACUGGUGAGAAGUAGUGAAUGGAAACAGCCUCUUGUUGAUCAGAUGAUGAAUCAGGCGCAUGUUUAUUUGAUAGACCUGACGAGAGUUUUGGAGAAGAAGUUUGAUGACUCUUUUGAUCUCCAGCCGGAGGAAUUGAUGAGCGAUGUGAUUCUUGGAGUCUUUCUGGCGAAGAUUAAACUUCUGGAGAAGUUUGCUUCGAGUCAGGAGAAAAGUGAAGAGGGAGACAUCGCUCCACUGGAAUCGCUGAUUCGGGAGUUCUUCGAAAAAGAGGAUUCAGGAAUUCUUGGGGUGAAAAAUCAGUAUUAUGCGAUUUGGAAAGAUCAGAGCAAGUACUACCUGCUGGAUCCGUUCGCAUGUGAUGCUGAAGGCUUUAGACUCGAUUCUAAAGUGUUAAUUGGUUCUGGAGAUUCUAACAGUCCAGAGGAAUUGGUGGAUCCGAAUGUUGAAGAAGGUGGUAAAGAUGCAGAAGGUCCUAAAGUUACAGAAGAUCCUAAUGCUCCAGAAGAUCCUAAAGAUUCGGAAGGUCCCAAAGUUCCAGAGGAUCCUAAAGGUCCUAACGUUUUAGAAGGUUCUAAAAAUCUUAAAGGUGCAGAUAGUUCUAAAGACUCAGAAGGUCCUAAAGUUUCAGAAGAUCCGGAAGGUCCUGAAGAUUUGAAAGUUCCGGCAGAUCCAAAUGAUGUGCAAGGUGAGGAAUAUUUAGACGACUCUAAACUUCAUGAGGUUUUGAAAGCAUCCGAGGAUUCGGAAGAGGAAAUUAACAGUCAGUCUGGGGCUUGUGUGAUUAUGAGCAAAUCGAUCAACGGAAUUAUUGAAAUUCUACUGAGAAACACGAAUAUUAACAAGGAGGAUUCUGUUGUGAUUCAUGGUCUCCAAGUGUUGUGGAUCAAAUCAGCUGGUGAAUCGGGUUCUCCUUUUGGUAAAGUGAUCUAUCAGGACGACAGGAAUCCAGUUGCCAGAGACUGUGAUAUUAAUAAGGACAAGAUUCCUAGAAAAAGACCUGAUACCGUUAAGUUCAAGGACGCUGCGAUAGGAUUUCCAGAAUUUAUGGCAAACGUCGAGGAAUUCAUGAUGACGGAUGAUGAACCCAGAAGGUAUGAUGAAGCAUACCUUCAAAAUCUCUUGGGAGGAAAAACGGAUUCUUUACGAAAUGGUGAAAAUAAACCUGGAACGAACGUAUGCGAUCAAGAAGGAACGAAAGAAUCUGGUUCAAAGAAAGCUGCUGUGAAAAAAUCUGAUCAAAACGAAAGUGGACCGAGAGGAUCCAAUCAAAAUAAACCUGGACCCAAAGAAUCCGAUCAAAACAAAGCUGGAUCGAAAGAUUCUGAUCAAAAAGAAGCUACUGCAUCAGAAUCCGAUCAGAAAGAAGAAAAAGAAUCAGAGCUGAGUGAUGAAAAUAUCAUCAAAAGUUACAAGAUAGUAAACCCCCAUCGUCUUGUUCUUCAGGGAUCAAAGAACUGUUUGGCGGAGGAAUUUGAAAAGAGGAUGAGGGGUCGUCAGGGAUUGGUGAUGGCAAUAAUUGCAAUCGCUUACGGAAGAUUGAAAGACCCAGCGAAGUGGAGAAAUGUAGACGUGAAUUAUAUUAUUGACCUAGGACACAAGUCCUAUAAAGACACGUUAUUCUGGAUCAAACGAGGGAGUCCUGCUGAUGGUGAAGCAACAGAUUCGGAAGAUGAUUCCGACGAUGAAUCUGAUGAUGAUGAUGAAGAUGACGACGACGAUGAUGAUGAAGAAGAAGACGAUGAUGAUGAUGAGUCGAUCAAAUUGGGAAAAUCGUUUCCACUCUAUCUGGAAGUAUCAAUGCUACCAACCAAGUUGAAACUCAGCGAGAACGUCGUGACCUUCAAGCGACAAAUGAAGCUAAUUGAAGGUACUGCUAAUCCACUGGCGAAUCUAGGGGAAGCUUUCGAGCGUUACUUUCAGAAUCACUCGGAACUUAUUCUUGAGAACAAGAAACUCUUCUAUGGACUUUGGAAUCAUGAGGAUAAAUAUUAUGUGUUCAAUUCGUACGGAAGUGAUGAGGAAGGUUGGCGGGUCAGAGGACAUCCGGCUUCGUUUGCUAUCACUGAUAGUAUCAACGAACUAACUGAUUUAUUCUACGGAAUCCUAGAAUUUAAUGACCUGGAGUUUUGUCUCCAUUUUGUGGAAGUGGAAUCAAUUGGGAAAAAGUACAGUGUAGAAAAUCCGACAGAAGUUGGUGAAGAUGAAACACCUGGAAAGUUUGUUACGAAGUUUCUUCCGAUUACUGAUGAGGAUUUGUUUGUACCGCCGGUGGAAGAUGAUGAGAAAGAGGCUGAAGGUGUUUCUGAAGAGGAAAGCGAGGAUGAUAGUGAUGACGAUGAUGAAGAUACAGACGAAGACGAUACGGAUGAAAUUACCCUCGAAGAUGAAGAAGAAGGAGAAGAAAAAGAAGAAGAAGAUCCUCUUCUGGAAGUCGAAGAACAGGAUCAACCAGACGCACCGGAAACACUCAAUUUAGCCCUAAUUACAGGAGCGAUAAAAUUAGAGACUGACGACAAAAUUAAUCAGAAAGAAGAAGAAGAUAAUAAAUACGAAAAAUUGAAAUGCUGUUUCUCUGGAACUUGUUCUCUUCCACCAAAGCAAACGCUGAAUAUUCUUCUCGAAGCAAAACAUACGAUUGGAUCAGUUCAUUCAUUGGUCUCGAAAUUUUCUAUCAAUUCGAAACGAAAAACUGAUGGAGCAAUUGAUAAUGAUAAUAAUCAAUCAGCUGGAAUUGUAGAAGUUACAUCUGAUAAGGGAACAGCUUCAAGAAUGAUCAAGUUACCACCUAAGAAGUACAUUUUUUCAAGAGUCGCUCCAACGGGUUUGACACCAAUUAGAGCGAUUGAUGAGGAUUUUAUUCAGGAUGAAGAUUUGGACAGGAAGAUGCAAGACAAAUGCAUGAGGGAGAAAGAUGAGAGUGAAGAGUAUGAAGAUUUAGAGGAAUCUAGUACUAUGGAAAUUCUUCCUCUUGGUCCAGUUAUAAGAACACCGUUCAGGGAGCAAGGAUCUUGUUUUGAAGAGAAGAGGAGGAGAAAAGAAUGCAAAUUAUCGAAACGGGACAAAUGUGAUCCGAUUAUGGAGAAACUUGUUUGUGGAACUGAAGAAAUUUUGUUGGAAAUGCUGUUUCCCGGGAGGAAAAAUGUUAAUCAGGGGAAUGAGGAAAACGCAAUUCAAGAGUCGAAAGAACCAGAGAAACAGGAAGAGAAAAAUCAAAAUCCUCGUAAAAUCGAACCGGAAAGAAUUGGAUUCGCUGUAACUGAAGACAAGGAACUGGCAACGAUCAGUGGAAAUAUGUAUUUGGAAAAUCGAGAAGAAAAGACGACGCCCCAUUUUAAAACUUGUUUCUACUCGGCGAUACUCUGCAUCAUUGCCAAAGUCAUCAAAGAUGUUGACGAAUUUUCCAGCACAAUUUUAGAUCAAUUUAUUGUUCUUGCCAAUAAAAUAUCACAACAAGUUGGCAGACUUCGCUAUAAAUCGUCGCGAUCAUUCAACAAUAUUGAAAUUUUUAACAUGAAGUGUAAUGUACUCUUGAAUGAAAUUAAAAGCGUUGAUCAGGAGAAUUCGGAAGAUGAUGAUUUGAAUCAAAUUUUGGAUGCCUAUUUGAAUAAGGAUCAGACUGGAAUUUUAGUAUUUGAAAAUGCUUCGUAUGCCAUUUGGCGGGAAAAUGAUAUGUUUUACCUUUUUGAUCCUUAUUCCUGUGAUAAUACUGGACGAGCAGGUGAAGGUUUUUCUUGUCUCAUGAAGUUCUGCGAUCUACCAACAAUGAUCGGAAGAAUAAUGGAAAAUACCGGUGAGGCAGCAAUAAAGAAAUAUUGUCUCUAUUCCCUCUUGAUUAGUCACAUCGAGCCGAGGGUCGAAAAGAAAAAGAAGAAAUGCAACACGACGAGAAAAAAUGCCUGUGGGGAAAACAUUGAUCAGAAAAAUUCCAUUGAUCAAGAGGAAGAUUGCCUAGACGAUUGUACAGAUGAUGAAGAAGAUAGUAAUAAUGAUGAUGAUGAUGAUUCAGAAACAGAUCAAUCAUCAGAUCUAAUUGCACCGGAAGCGAAAUAUUCCCUAAUAGAACUUCCCACUUGGGUGACGAAUAAGAGAAGAAAUAACGAAACCAAACCAAAUAUCCAUACACCAAACGAAGAUAAAACAUGUUCUGGAUUUAUUGCUCUACGGAACUAUAAUGCAUCAUUUUUCGAAGUGACGGUUGUUGAGAAUGACGUAACACGACCUGAACUAGCACCAUUUAGAAUGCAGAAAGAAAAGAAUGAUUAUAACGAUAAAUCUGAGGAUAAAAUGGAAAGAAUCAAGGUCUAUGAUAGAAGAUUCAAGGGAAAUUGCUAUCUACUGGAACCAAUUGAUCUUUGUGUGAUGGGUUGGGCUGGUGUUCAUGAUCCAAUUACAUGGGGCGUCAAAACAGUGAAAGGAAUAUACGAAGCUGCUCGCGAUUAUGCCUUUGAUAGUUUAUUGGCUUUUGAAGACAGCACAGUUACGGAUAUGACUGAUGGACUUCUUCUGGAGUUCAACAUUGCUAAUUACACUUUUCGAGUUGUUUUUGGACCGAUUCGUAAAGGUAAACUGUACGCGAUUGAAGGCUGGAAUCUUGCGAUGUCGUUAAAAAAAAUCUUCGAGAUGACAAUUUAUACGGGAGCAAUUAUAAUCUGUGGUGGAAAACAUAUUGGAGUGAUGAAGAGAAAUAAAAAUCAUUUUGCGUGGUGGGGCGUUCAGAGAACGAAAAAUUUGAGACUCAUCACUACGGAAGAUUUUGAGGAAUUUUUAAAAUUGAUCGUACAAGAAAUUGAUGAAACUGAGGAAAAAGAAUUUUCGAUACGAAUUGUGACAAUAUCCUAUGCAUUACAAUUGAAUCCAGAUUGUACUGAUGAUUCGGGAAUGCAUGAAAUUGUAGUACCUUCGUCUUCAUUGCCACAGAUUCAUAGGAAAGAUAAUGAUGAUGAUGAUGACGAUCAACAGUAUAAUAUUGAUGAUAUCUUUCGACCUGUUGAUUUGUCCUUGAAAUCAAAUCUGUUGUUUGGAAAUGUUGCUCUGCGGGAUAGAGAUACAAUUAAAGAACCUCUUGUGAAGAGAUGCUAUUUUGUUGCAAUUUUGAGUGUGAUGAUGAAACGCGAUAUUGUUCAAAAUCCCACCGCGGGAAUGAUUGAUAGAAUUAUUGAGAUGGCUGAGAAUUUGUAUAAGGAUUUUCGGGAACCGAAAUAUCACACUGAACAUAUUUUGAAAAAUGUUAGAAUACUGAAUCGGAUUUUUGAUUUUCGAGAUUGUGCCUCGUCUUUGGUGGAAGUGAAGACUAAUUGUACCAAAAAUUUCUUCAUCACACUGAGAAAAAAAUUCCGAAUACAUUUCAAAACUCGCACAGAUGGAAUAAUACAAUUCACCAAUUGUUGCUACGGUUUCUGGUACUCAAGAGCAACAAAUCGCUACUACUAUCUCGAUCCCUAUCCCUGCAACAGAAAUGGAAAAAAAUCCCCAAAAACUGGCCGAAGUUGUCUGUUCAUUUUCUCAAAAAUUUGCGACAUGGUUCAUCAAAUGCUCUCAAAUAAAUUUGAACACACGACUGGAUUUUUGAUUCACGAUUUCCACAUUGAAUGUGUCAACAAUAAAGAAGAUUUGUCGAAAACAGAAUUUUUGGAAGAUCCAAUUUGGACCUACCUCGAUCUCCACUGGUCUUAUAGUCAUAAACAAAAAUUGUCAAAAAUCCCCAAAUCUGAAAAAUUACCCACUAAAUUAUUUUGGAAUUACUACGUGACAGAAGUUCCAAAUUUAGUCUAUUCUCUCUGGGGGACAAUUGGAUCGUUCGAUUGUAAAUUCGGUUCAAGAGUCGGGAAAAAUCAGGCAGCAAUUUGUUUGUCAAUUCUCGCGAUGCAAAAUUUGUGUCAACCGUCCCAAUGGUCUUCGGGUUUACUCGACUCGGCUGUAAUUCAAGGCGAUUGCUACUAUGCAGAGAGUUUAAAAAUCUGCUCGCAUUCAAAUCACUUCAAUCUUCAAUCAUUCCUUAGAAUUGCCAACAAUCUUUGGAGAUUUCAAUUCAAAUUGAACCUCUGUGGAAUUUUGUACGGCGGAACUGAUCAAAAAUCAUUAGCUGAAAUUUUGGAAUUAGCACUGAAUGAAUCAUCGAAUUUAUUAAUUGAGUGCAAAUCGGUUGUACUUGGUGUCUUUAGAAGUGAUGACGAUUUCUUCGCUAUUGAUCCCCAUUGGAUUGGUCCUCCAAUUUUUCAGAAAAAUCACGGAGCAGUGUAUAUUUUGCGUUGUAGAAAUUUUCCUAGUCUUUUGUAUUGUCUGACAAAAAUGUUGAAUAGUAAUCAACAACUCGAGUUUCGUGUGACUCCGGUGGAGAUGAAUUUUAUUCAAGAGGGGAAUUUGGUGGGGAAGAAGAAAUUUGGUACCGUUUACGAUUCACCGGGUGAGACAAUGAAUUAUUGGAAUUUCAUUCCUGGCACUGAUGUUGUUCCUGCUGCUGAUGAUUAUCGGCGAUUUAGUAGGAAUUUGCAAUUGGCAGUGAAAUACGGUGAUUUGUUGGAGAAUCUACCGGUUUGUUAUCUUCGAUCUGAACUGAAUGAGGAGAAAUUAAAUCGUUUCUUAAGGAGGCUUAGAGAUUCGAAGAGAUUUAAUGAUUUGAGAAGAAAUGAAGUGGUGAAAAGAUUUAAAGAUUCGGAAGAAUCGAGAAGUGAUUUUGAUCGGAAAGAUUAUUGUCGGGCAAAUGAUAGAGAGGGUUAUGAAAUGGAUACGGAUUGUGAGUUUAGGGAUUUUCCAAAAUUGGUGGAUUUUGUUGGUAAAAGAGGAAGUUGUGAUGUGCUUUCAGGUGGAGGAUGGAACGUUAAUGGAGAAUCUAAGACGGCUUUGGUGAAACCGGUUGUUUGCCGCAAGAAACCUAGUUUCAUUCUAGAAGAGAGUCGAAACAGGUUCAGAAUGAAAACAAAAGAAAUCAGACUUAGGAAAUUUAAAAAUUACAAGCAUCGUAUUCCAUCGGGUAGGGAUGAUGGCGAAGAGAAUAAACUAGAUAAGCAUGAUUCUGAUGAUUUGGGUCAGGAGGAAACUGAAAAUUAUCGCAUUGCUACUGCUGAUGAUGAUGGUACUAAAAAUGAUGAUGUUAAUAAUAAUGAUGAUGAUAAUAAUGAUAAUAUUAAUGAUGGUGAUGAUGAUGAAAAUGACAAUUAGUCAAAAGAUGUCGAUUUUGA